CGACGAGUUUCUUUACCUGAGUUAGAGCAACUGUGACAUAUUCUCGUAUAUAGAAUAAAAUUUGAGUAUAUAUGCAGAUCGAAGAAGAUGGAGCAUCAGAUUUCACGUUACAACAACUAGUGAAGAGUGCAUAGUAUCCAGAAACAAUGAAGCCUAGUUCUAUUCUCUAUCUAUUGCCGUUACUACUAUUAGUGUCAUACGUAAAAGCAGACGCUGCAUCACAGCAACAAUUUCUCUCGGAUUAUCCUUAUUUCGCGAGCUCUACAUGUUCUCUUAAUGGCGAUGUCAGAUGUGACGCUGAGGGCAUGGUAUUCUGGCUAGGCAUCAAUGGCAAAAAUAUCGACAGCAAUUUCUUUUCUGACCUUAGUAAACUAGAUCGAAUCUUGCAUAUAAACUUUACGAGCUGCCAGUUGCCAACUAUCUCGUCUAUCUCAGCAAAGACAUUGCGUUCACUUUCUUUCUAUUCGUGCAGUGGAGGAGAUAUCAACGGCGCCAUCACCGAGGAUUUGGUCAACUUAGACAGACUUUCUAUCGUAGACAGCGAUCUGAGCUGCGAAAUAUCGAACAUCAAGGCACCUAACUUGUGGCAGCUGCAAGUCAAGAACAGUCCGAAUGUAAAAGGCAGCACUGACGAUAUUGCCAAAAUUUCCAGGUUGAGCCAUGUAAAUUUCACGGAUACUGCUAGUCUUACUGGCGAGAUCGGGACACUUAUAAAUAUGAACGAAUUAGGCUUCAUUAACGUGUCGAAUACCAAAGUCAGUGGGGAGAUUCCAACACUUACUUCUAAAACAUUCUAUCUGGAUUUGGUUGGUACCGAUGUAACGGGUGUGUGCGACGAAGAAAAACUUAAAGAAUCCAGACUCAGUUAUGCCACAUGCUAUCUGGGCAAUGGCGACAGUGGAUGUACCUACAGCGGCUGCACUUAUGACGGUCGAGACGUGACACCUCCACCACCAGUGGCACCAUCUCCUCCAUCCCCGUCUCCAUCCCCGUCUCCAUCCCCGUCUCCAUCCCCGGAACCAGAGGAACCAUCCCCGGAACCAUCACCAUCCCCGGAACCAUCUCCGUCUCCAUCACCAUCCCCGGAACCAUCCCCGUCUCCAUCCCCGGAACCAUCCCCGGAACCAUCUCCGUCUCCAUCACCAUCCCCGGAACCAUCCCCAUCCCCGUCACCAUCCCCAUCCCCGGAACCAUCCCCGUCACCAUCCCCGUCACCAUCCCCGUCACCAUCCCCGUCUCCAUCACCAUCCCCGUCUCCAUCACCAUCCCCGUCUCCAUCACCAUCCCCGUCUCCAUCCCCGUCACCAUCACCAUCCCCGUCCCCGUCACCAUCCCCGUCCCCGUCACCAUCCCCGUCACCAUCCCCGUCACCAUCCCCGUCACCAUCCCCAUCUCCGGAACCAGAUUCUUUUGGUAGCUCAAUUUAUGGGUCGGGCCUGUUCAACCUCUUGUUUAAAGGGAUCUACUUGUAUCUAACUCAGCUGGUGUUGUAUCUACUAUAAGUCUCAACGCAUGGCUCCGGUCUCAUACUAAAUUAAUAGGUCUCGUGUAGUCCGUGGAAAUAAACCAACGCAAUAAGCGUAAAACUUAAUUAUCAA